CCUUUAAUUUCGAAGCUUCGCCAGCUUCCCUAGCUCUUAUUUAAUCCCAUCCCUACUGAUUAUAAUUACUCGUCUAAUCACCACCCGACACCAUGUCCGACGUUCAGAAGCCCGUCGAGGAGACUCCUGCGGCUGUCCCCGCCGUUGCUCCUGCUGCUGAAGCGCCUGCUGCCACCGAGGCCCCGGCCACCGAGACCCCCGCCGCUGAGGAGCCCAAGGAGACUCCCGCUGAGACCACUGAGGCUGCUGCCCCCGCCGCCGCGGAGGAGUCCAAGACCGAGGAGACUCCCGCCGAACAGCCCAAGGAGGAGCCCAAGCAGGAGGAGGUGACCCCCGCUUCUGAGGGUGUCCUGGGUUACAAGGCCCCCGGUCUCGUCAAGGGCCUUCGUUUCGCCAAGCGUUUCUUCUACUUCAGCGACGACGCUGUUGAGUCUAAGCAGCUGUCUGCCUUCCACCAGAACGAGAAGGCCGCCGUCGCCAACCCCAUCGCCGCCUGGGCCAGCCAGACCGGCAAGGGUCUUCUGUUCUUCACCAAGCGCGCUGAGGACAAGGCCUCUCCCGCCGGCAUCUUCAACCUGGCUGAUGUUUCCGACAUUGCCAAGGAAGGCUCCACCGAGCUGCACUUCAAGGUCAACGGCCAGAAGCACACCUUCCAGGCCUCCAGCACCUCCGAGCGUGACAGCUGGGUUGCCGCCCUCGAGGCCAAGGCUGAGAAAGAGGCUGUGACCUCCAGCGAGGGUUACAAGGCCGAGCUCGAGAAGCUGAGCAAGCCUGCUGUUGCCGAGCCCGCUAAGAAGGCUGAGCCUAAGGAGGAGGCUGCCCCCGCCGAGGACAAGAAGGAGGAGAAGGAAGAGAAGAAGGCGGAAACCCCUGCCCCCAAGUCCAAGCGUGCUUCUCUUUUCGGCAACUUCUUCCAGAAGGUCACCAGCCCCUCCCACGAGAAGUCGGAGAAGGAGGCCACUGCUCCUGCCGAGACCGCUGUUGCUAGCACUGCUCCUCAGCUGGACAACCCCGUUGAGGAGGCCGCUGUGAAGCCCAUCGAGCCCGAGAGCGUGACUGCUCCCGCUGAGGCUGAGGCUGCCAAGGACGCCGCUCCCGCUUCUCCCGCCGCUGAGACCCCCAAGGACAAGCGUCGCACCUCUUUCUUCGGCAACUUCGGCAAGAAGAAGGGUGACUCCGACAACGAGGGUGCCGAUGGCGAGCCCAAGCCCAAGGCCAACAAGCUUGGUGGCAUCUUCCGCAAGCCCAGCAAGGCCGUGAAGUCCGAGCCCAAGGAGACCAAGGAGGCCACCGAGGCUGAGGCUGCUCCCAAGGAGGCUACCGUCGAGGAGUCUCCUGCCGAGGAGAGCGCUAAGCCCGCUGAGGCUGCUCCCGCUGAGGAGUCCAAGCCCGUCGACGUCGCCACCUCUACUCCUGUUCAGGCUGCUGCAUGAAGUGCUUCCCGCAAGGAAAUCGAGUAUGAGAAAUGGUGGGACCAGCGGUAUUCGUAUCCUAAUCCUUCAACUCUUCGAUGAUCAGUCGUUCUGGAAAAUGAAAAGCCCGGAA